AUGGCCAGCGUCGUCGGUAUCGACAUCGGCAACCUCAACUCGAAGAUCGGUGUCGCCCGUCACCGCGGCAUCGACAUCAUCACGAACGAGGUUUCCAACCGCGCUACUCCUUCGCUCGUCUCGUUCACCCCCAGACAGCGCCUGAUCGGUGAGGCCGCCAAGACGGCCGAGACUUCCAACUUUAAGAACACUGUUGGCUCGCUCAAGCGCAUGAUCGGUCGCCAGCUCAACGACCCCGAGAUCCAGUCCGAGGAGAAGAAGUUUAUCAACGCUGAGCUUGUCGAGGUUGCCGGCCAGGUUGGUGUCAAGGUCAACUACCUCGGCGAGCAGGCCGAGUUUUCCUACACCCAGCUCGUCGGUGCCUACCUUGGCAAGCUCCGUGACAUUGCUGCCGCCGAGCUCAGGCAGUCUGUCUCGGACGUCGUCAUUGCCGUCCCCGGCUACUACACCGACGUCCAGCGCCGCGCUCUCCUCGACGCUGCCCAGAUCGCUGGCCUCAACCCCCUCCGCCUCAUUAACGACACCACCGCCACUGCUCUUGGCUACGGUAUCACCAAGUCUGACCUUCCCGAGAGUCAGGAGGACGCCCGCAACGUUGUCUUCGUUGACGUCGGCCACGCCUGCUACUCUGUUUCGGUUGUCUCCUUCUCCAAGGGCCAGCUUGUCGUGAAGGGUGUUGCCCACGACCCGAACUUUGGCGGCCGUAACUUUGACUAUACGCUCGUCGAGCACUUUGCCAAGGAGUUCGACGCCAAGUACAAGAUCAAGUGCUUCUCGUCGCCCAAGACCAUCUUCCGUCUCACCGCCGGAUGCGAGCGCCUCAAGAAGGUUCUCUCGGCCAACACUGAGGCUCCCAUCAACGUCGAGUCGCUUGCCCCGGACAUUGACGCCACUGGGUCGCUCACCCGUGCCGAGUUCGAGACCAUGAUCGCGCCUCUCCUUGAACGGUUCCAGGGUCCUCUUGACGCUGCGCUCAAGCAGGCUGGCCUCACCAAGGAGCAGAUCGACUCGAUUGAGCUUGUCGGAGGCUCGACCCGUGUUCCUGCCAUCAAGGAGCGCCUCCAGGAGUACUUUGGCAAGCCGCUCUCGUUCACUCUCAACCAGGACGAGGCCGUCGCCCGCGGUGCCACCUUUGCCUGCGCGUCGCUCUCGCCCGUUUUCCGCGUCCGCGAGUUUGCCGUCCAGGACAUCACCCCCUACCCCAUCCAGGUCAACUGGGAGAAGGAGCCCGGAAACCCCGACGAGGACACUGACCUCGUCGUCUUCAAGGAGGGCAACGACAUUCCCUCGACCAAGCUCCUCACCUUCUACCGCCAGGGCCCCUUCUCGAUCAACGCAAAGUACGACGCUUCGGCCGCGAUCCCCAAGGGCACCAACCCCGAGAUCGGCCGCUUCACCGUUAAGAACGUCGAGAAGACUGCUUCGGGCGACCUUGCCUGCGUCAAGAUCAAGACGCGUCUCAACCUCCACGGCAUUCUCUCGUUUGAGGGUGCCUACCAGGUCGAGGAGGUCGAGAAGGAGGAGACCAUUGUGACCGGUGAGGGCGACGACAAGAAGGAGGAGAAGAAGAUGGUCAAGAAGCUCGCGCGCAAGGGCGACUACCAGACCAUUGCCCAGUACAACACCAUCCCCUCCAACCUCAUCAACGACUACCAGGAGGAGGAGGGCAAGAUGGCUGCCUCUGACAAGCUCGUUGUCGAGACCGAGGAGCGCAAGAACGCCCUCGAGGAGUACGUUUACGAGACCCGUAGCAAGCUCGAGGACCGCUUCAAGCUCUACGUCCAGGCGGCGGAGAAGGAGACGCUCCUCAAGGGCCUCAUCGAGGCCGAGGACUGGCUGUACACCGACGAGGGCGAGGACGCCUCCAAGUCGGCCUAUGUUGCUAAGCUUGACGCGCUCAAGAAGGUUGGUGACCCGAUCGCCCUCCGUCACCGUGAGAGCGAGGCUCGGCCCCGGGCCGCUGCCCAGCUCCGUGAGGUCUGCAACGACUUCUUGAGCAAGGCUCAGAACGGCGAGGAGCAGUACUCGCACAUCUUGGACGAGGACAAGCAAAAGGUCAUUGAGAAGUGUGCCAACACUCUCUCGUGGCUCGAGAACCAGCUCGCGCGCCAGUCUGAGAAGCCCAAGAACGUCAACCCCGUCGUCACCUCUGACGAGAUGGAGAAGCGCAGGGAGGACGUGCAGUACACCUCUGCUUCGAUCAUGAACCGCCCCAAGCCCAGGGCGAAGGUCGAGACGCCGGGGACUCAGACUCCCAAGGAGGACAAGAUGGACCAGGACCCUGCGCCCGAGCAGGACAUGGACAUCGACUAG